UUCCCCAACCGGUUCUGCCAGCUGCCUGCCAAGGUGCAUUUGCCUCUCUGCAAGCUCCAGCCUGCUUCCCACAAGGAGGGACGGACAGAGAGCCACGAGAGCAGCAGCGGAGCUCAGGGGCCCCUCCUCUGCCCACCUGUUGGCGCACGUCAGGCAGCCCUCCAGUGUCCUGGGCCCAGAGUGCCGAAGCCCUAGCUCUGCGACCCGUGGUGCCUCCUCGGGUGAUGCCGUCCCGGCCGGCGCCCUUCCGUGGCCAGCGGUACAAGCGCCUGAAGCGGCGCUGCCUGAAGCGGAGAAGCGUCUUUGAGGACCCCGAAUUCCCAGCCACAGAUGAGUCUCUCUUCUACCGCCGCGAUCCUCCGGAUGGAGUCUCCUGGAAGCGCCCCGGGGAGCUGUGCUCUGACCCCCGUCUCUUUGUGGACGGCAUCAGCCCCAGGGACCUGCACCAGGGCAGCCUCGGGAACUGCUGGUUCGUGGCGGCUGCCUCCUGCCUGGCUAGUGAGCCCAGCGUCUGGAAAAAGGUGAUCCCAAACCCCCGUGAACAGGAUUGGGACCCGUGCCAGCCCCAGAGAUACUGCGGCAUCUUCCGGUUCUGCUUCUGGCGCUGGGGCCACUGGACAGAGGUCUGCGUGGAUGACCGCCUGCCCUGCCAUCAAGGGAAGCUCCUCUUCUGCCGUUCCGCAGAUCCCCGCGAGUUCUGGAGCGCCCUCCUGGAAAAGGCCUAUGCCAAACUGAGCGGUUGCUAUGAGGCCCUGGAGGGGGGCAACACAGCCGAGGCCCUGCUGGACUUCACGGGGGGCAUCUCUGAGCCGCUGACCCUGGAUGAGGGGGGCUUUGGCACCGACCCGGAGCUUCAGAAGCAGCUCUUCAAGCAGCUGAAGGAAGCGCAUUCCCGGUCAGCCCUCAUCAGCUGCUCCAUCCGGUCACUGCCCGGUGAGGGGCCCGAGGCCCAGCUGUCCUCUGGCCUGGUGCGGGGCCACGCCUACGGCAUCACGGCUGUUCGGACCGUUCACCUCAGGCGGCACAACCUCUUUGAGCUCUUCAAGGUCAAGAAGUUGCAGCUGAUUCGCCUGCGGAACCCCUGGGGAACAAUGGAGUGGAACGGGGCCUGGAGUGAUAAGUCCCCAGAAUGGCAGCAAGUGAGCCAACGAAACCGGCAGCAGAUGGGGGUCAUCAUUCGGGAUGACGGUGAAUUCUGGAUGAGCUUUGAGGACUUCUGCACCCAUUUCACAGAUGUCGUCAUUUGCCGCCGCAUGAACACAUCACGUCUGAGCUGCCAACGGAGCUGGGUGGAAGGUCUGCAAUUUGGGGAGUGGGAUCCUCAGAAGGGGCGUGCAGGUGGAUGCCUGAAUCACCGGGACACCUUUCUUGACAAUCCACAGUUCUUCUUCGAGGUGUCUGGAGCUCAAGACUCGGUCCUGAUUUCUCUGCAGCAGCAAGACACACGCCAGCUGCGUAGAUCUGGCUCUGGGGGACACAACAUCCCCAUGGGCUUUGAGCUCUUCAGUGUGGAGCAGAAUCGAAGCUGGCGCCUGCAUCGAAUACCUCCACGUGUGGCUGGUUCCACCUACAUUGACUCCCGCAGUGUCUUGCUCCGUGCCAAAGUGCCGAGUGGGCGCUAUGCCCUCCUGCCUACGACCUUUGCCCCAGGCCAGAGUGGAGCCUUCCUCUUGCGGAUCUACAGUGAGCACCCAACCCAUCUGCGAGCAAUUGACUGCAAUGAGCCCCCCGCCCCUCACUGCAGUUGCUGUUCUGGCUCCUACCAGCUUGUCUCCUCGGUGUGGGUCCACCGGGCUGUGGGGCUGGUGCUCCCCAACUCUAAGAAGCCCCCCGAUGUCUAUGUGAAGGUCUGCUCUGAGGGGCAGGAGGUGCAAUCCUGCGUCCACAAGGCCACCUCCAACCCAGACUUCAACUUCAAGGCCAUUUUUUGCCGCCGGUGCCCACACAAGCCCAUCUGCAUUGAGGUAAUGGGGGGGGCACAUCUCCCAUCCCACCUGACGCCGCUGCCUCAUCUCCCAUCCCACCUGACGCCGCUGCCUCCAUCCCCCUUCCCUGCGCUCAGGGAGGAGCAAGGGAGGCUGGAGGUGUGCGCCCGGCGUUUCCUGCGCAGCACACGGCUAGGCUUCGUCAAAGUCUCGGCAGACACCCCCACGGAGGAAGGCCAGGGGCAAGUGCUUCAGCUGCAGGGGGGUCCCCAGGACUGCCCUCCUGGCUCCGUCCUGGUGGAGACCUCGACCAGCUCCGACUUCUUGGCCCUGUGAGCUUGGCUCUGCCCUCAGGCACCAGCAAGUGGCUGGGUCAUGUGGGUGUGGCACUCUGGCAAUGUGCGGGGUGGCCUCCUACAGCCAAGAUGGAGUUUGUACACACACACACACUGUGGCAGCUGGCCUGCUCCAGAGGCGCAAAAGGUUUAAGGGUUUUUCAUGUUUUCAUUGUCCACAUAUUGUUGCACACCGCCCUGAUAUUUUAGGUGAGGGCGCUAUGGAAAUACUUUUAUAAAUAAAUAGAUAAAAAUAAGAGGGUGUUUCACUGCCCGGGCCCUGAUAUCCCCACUACAAAAGACUCCUCUGUCUCCUAAUCCUUCCCUUCCUUAAGAUGGCAGCCUGAAGGCGGCUCUUUCAGAGGACCUGAGCUGUGGAGCAGGGAAAAGAGGAGUGGACCCAUCACCUCCUCUCCGGCCCUCCUGCCGACCACAAGAGGAGUCCUUGCUGCUUACAUCCUUGAUCCCUUCCUGUUUAAGGCAGGGAAAUUCCUGCAGUGAAUGAAAAUGCACAACUGUCAAUGGGCAUCUGAAAUGUUGCUAUGAAGCUUUUAGCUUUUGAUUUUACAACUUAUGUUUGGUGCUUUAAAAUGUUGGUUUUAAAUUUGCCAAACUCAGUAUUUUAUAUUUUGUUCAUU